AUGGUGAAGCAACUUUUCUCACCAUUACAACUACUACUAAUCUUCCUCUGCUGCUCCACUGCUCUUUCUCAGCCUCCCGCACAGGCUCCGGCAGCUCCCCCACCGGCACAGGCUCCUGUCGCUCUGCCUCCCCCAGUGGUUCAGUCUAUGGCACCAGGUCCAGCAUCAUCAGGUCCACCUAACAUCACUGCAAUCCUUGAGAAGGCUGGCCACUUCACUACCUUCAUUCGCCUUCUAAGGAGCACGAAGAUGGACAGCGACAUUUACACGCAGCUCAACACAUCAAGCCAAGGCCUCACUGUAUUCGCCCCUGAUGAUUAUGCCUUUGGUAACCUCUCAGCAGGCGCUCUGAACGCAUACAAUGAUGACCAAAAGUCCCAGCUCGUUAAAUUCCAUCUCAUAUCUUCGUACUUUUCCCUCCCCGAGUUCCAAACCGUGAGCAACCCGGUGAGCACAGAGGCCGGUACUAAAGUUGAGUACCCGCUAAACGUAACCAUAUCGGGGAGCCAGGUGAAUUUAACAAGUGGAUUUGUGAAUACAACAGUAUCCAACACAGUUUAUACCAAUGGGCACCUAGCAGUAUAUGCGGUGGACCAGGUUCUCCUUCCAAGGCGCUUCUUCGUAACUCCAUCGCCUGCGCCUGCUCCAGCACCAUCAAAGCCUGUGAAAGAGUCCCCAUCUACUCCAGUGUCCACUGCCGAUGCCUCAGUUCAAGCUUCUGGUGCAAUGCCAGUGAUUCACCAUGCUCUGAGUGCAGUGACCUUUCUAAGCUCUUUUGUUGCAGCCCUGAAUUUGUGUGUUUGA